AUAUAGUGAAUGCAGGGUCCGGGAGACCGAUAUAGUGAAUGCAGGGUCCGGGGAGACCAGAUAUAGUGAAUGCAGGGUCCGGGGAGACCAGAUAUAGUGAAUGCAGGGUCCGGGAGACCAGAUAUAGUGAAUAUCCGGGGAGACCGGAUAUAGCAUGCAGGUCCGGGGAGACCGGAUAUAGUGAAUGCAGGGUCCGGGAGACCGGAUAUAGUGAAUGCAGGGUCCGUCCGGAUAUAGUGAAUGCAGGGUCCGGGGAGACCGGAUAUAGUGAAUGCAGGGUCCGGGGGAGACCGGAUAUAGUGAAUGCAGGGUCCGGGAGAGACCGGAUAUAGUGAAUGCAGGGUCCGGGGAGACCGGAUAUAGUGAAUGCAGGGUCCGGGGAGACCAGAUAUAGUGAAUGCAGGGUCUGGGGAGACCAGAUAUAGUGAAUGCAGGGUCCGGGGAGAGCGGAUAUAGUGAAUGCAGAGUCCGGGGUUUAGUAACACUUUAAAAUGAAACAAGGGACUGG